AUGCCGACCUUGGCCCCGAAUACUUCAUUUCAGAAAGCCCCGUAUGUCACACCGAGGAUUAUUGACAUGCUUAAAGACGAUUCUCCCUUCACGGGAGGGCCCUCUCGAUCGGAACCGACCUGGACGACCUGUGGUAUGCUCCUAAUUUUGUUCAUUGUCAAUUUGGUGCCACUCCUUCUCAGCAGACGCGGAAGCCGGAACCGGGAAUCAGUCUUCCGAUACUUCUUGAAGCUGUCGAUUGUGUACGGGACCGUGUUCUUCGGGGUUUUGGUGGUCUGCCUGAUAUAUACCAUCGGCAAUUACAACAAUCCAUUAUUCCCGCUGGGGAACCAUUUCCUCACGACACAAUUCAGGGAGUGCGGCUACCGCUUUGUGCAGCUCAGAUGCGAGACCAGCCAGAUGUUCGAGCGGGAGUGCUUCGCGUUGGGGAUGUGUGUGGUCCAGCCUCUAUAUUUAUUGAAGGCCCACACAUUCCUCAGCGAGCUUGUAAGGAUCCUUUGGGUAUGCAGGAGGCAAUACAUUGGGACCGUCAGUCUCUGGAUUCUGGCCGAGACCUUUCAUCGCUACAGGCGGGUCGUGGGAUAUCAAGGACGAAUGGAAAACGAAGCUCUCGAGGAAAGCUUUUGGCCUCUGCCAUUCUGGCAAUUGCCUGUUAAUUUCGGCUUGACUGAACGCAUCCGUAAUUUUCUGGAUGAAUUCGAUGAUUGGUAUAGGCAUUGGUUCCUGACCCAUGUUAUAUGA